AUGAAUAGCACCGCAGUUGUCGCUCUUAAAGUUACUGGUUUGACAAUUUCUGUCAUUGCGAUUUUUGGGAAUGGCUUGGUUGGUUUCAUCAUCACACGCGUUCAAAGCAUGAAGACUUCUAUGAACUAUAUCAUACUAAAUCUUGCUAUAUUAGACGCCUUAACAGGAUUUUUCACCAUAUAUUACCAGCUUACCAAUGAUUAUAAUGAAGUAUUGGGUCCAUCAUUGCUAAAACAAGCAUAUAAUCAAAGUGCUCAUUUUGCUGAAGUACUCUGCAAGAUUGAAACCUUGACAUAUCUUGGAACGUCCAUAUCACCUUUACUGCUGACAGCAAUGGCUUACGAACGCUACAAAGCUAUUGUGCAUCCACUUUCAAGGUUGAACAACGAGGUCACCAGAUCUCGUCUCAAGUGGAUUCUCUCUAUAUCAUGGGUUUGGGGAUUUGGAUAUGCCAUCUUUGACAUGUGCAUCAUUCAGUAUUAUGCCGAGGAAAACUAUUGUGAUGACAAGGAACUUGGUACAUGGUACAGCUAUGGGGUCUACGAACUUGUGUACACAAGCAUUCAAUUCAUCCUCACUUCAAUAACAAUGUUUAUUUUAUACCUGAAGGUUAUUUUAGCCUUGCGAAGGCAAGAUGGAGCACUUGCAACUCAGGCCAAUGCGCAACAGGCUAGAGCUAAAGCACGCAGAAAAAUGAAUAUGUGA